UCCAACGAUUUAAGAAAGGUAACCUUAAAAGUUGCAAAUGAGCAUUAGAGGAAAGACAACAAUAAUCAGACGGAUAUAACAUUGGUGGCCUCAAACAAUGUAAAAAUGAUUGUUGAGACAGGGACAGGGACAGGGACAGGGACAGGGAAGAAUCAAAUAUAAAAUAAACCAACAAAUUCAAUUGGUGAAUUUCCGAACCGUUAAUAAAGCAAACCGCCGAUGAGAGAAACUAAUUUCAAGAUGUUUCGGAAUUUUACUGCCCUUUGAAACAAAUAUACAGUGUUGACUAAAUCAAAUGGGAUAGAGAUGAAAAGAGAGAAACGAACUUUCUUUUCUUCCCAAACAAAACAAUUUGAAAAGUAGGGUUUUUUCUUCUUUACCUACGCCGGUCAAUUCUGGUGAGACAACUGCGACCCGGUAAUUUGGUUAAUAGAGGGAAAGCUUGGUGCAAGAGUCGAAAUUCUUAGUUUUUCAUUUUUGGGUACAAGUUAAAAGCUGAAAAAAGGGAGUCGAUUUGCAUUGCAUCAUUGCAAUUGAUGGAGAAUUCGGGUAACGAUGAUGGGGAAGAGACGAGAAAUCACACAAUAUCUUCCAUUUCUUCAGUAGCAUCCUCCGAUGGGUACCGUUUGUUUGGUCGUCAAGGUUCUCUUCGCCAAUUUUUGGGCGGUGGCAAAGCGGCUGAUAUACUUUUGUGGAAGCGGCGGAGUGUUUCUUUCGGCAUCAUUGUCAUCGCUACGGUUGCUUGGCUCAUAAUUGAGAAGUCUGGAUUAUCCUUGUUGCUUAUUUGUUUGGAUAUUUUGCUUAUACUAAUUGUGGUGUUGUUCAUCCAUGCCAACUAUGCUGCUUACAGAAAUAGCGGACAAAUAGAAACAUUUCCGGAACUCGAAUUGUCGGAGGAAAUGAUUAGCACUGUCGCAGCAUCAUUUCGUGUUAAAAUCAAUAAUGUGCUUCUUUUGGCUCAUGAUAUUACUAUUGGCCAAGAUUUUCAUCUUUUCUUCAAGGUUGUGAUUUGUCUGUGGCUCUUGUCUGCCAUUGGUAGCUAUUGCUCUUUCUUCACACUUGCCUAUGUUGGAACUGUCUUAUCUGUUACUCUUCCAGCCUUCUAUGGAAAAUAUGAACAACAUGUGGAUAAAUACUGUGGAAUGAUGCAUCGAAAAUUUUCCCAGCACUAUAGGAUAGUGGAUGAAAGUGUGAUGAGAAGAAUCCCGUUGUUUAUGCAAAGAUAAAAACAUCCAGGUCUCGCAGUUUACAUAGAGACUGAACAUGCUUGACUCUUGGUGUGUCACUGAUUGAUACAAUGUCGACGAUAUUUCACAUCUUUUGUUCUCUGUUAUGUUAACUACAUGUUUCACCGUC